AUCUUGAACGCCUGGCAGAAUGUUCAAAAUUUUUACACUACUGGCGCUGGCCUGCGUCGGUAUUAACGGCGAUGCGACCCGGCCUAUCAUCAUUACGACCGGUGGACAGAUUCAGGGUGUAACAGCGAGCUGUGGGCUCUUCUGUAGCUACUUUGCGUUUAACGGAAUCCCUUACGCAGAACCACCAGUAGAUGAGUUACGUUUCCGUAAUCCGGUUCCACAUCAGGGUUGGGCAGGUGUCAAAGAUGGAAGUGAACAUCGAGCGUCGUGUCCAUCGGGAGCUAUGCUAGGGGAUGGCUAUUCAGGAAGUGAGGAUUGCUUGUUCCUGAAUGUGUACACACAGAACAUAAUCGGAUCCCGUCCGGUCAUGGUUUGGAUUCAUGGCGGUUCCUUCACCGGCGGGUCGGGAGACUCAUGGAUCUACGGACCAGAUCAUUUUGUACAGGAGAACACUGUGAUUGUUACAAUCAACUACCGUCUCGGAAUUCUUGGAUUCUUCAGCACCGGUGAUCAGCAUGCGCAAGGUAACUGGGGUAUGAAGGAUUGCGUGGAAGCUCUUCGGUGGGUGCGCAAUAACAUUGCAGCUUUCGGUGGUGAUCCGAAUAACGUAACCAUAUUCGGAGAAAGCGCUGGAGGAGCAGCUGUUCACUAUUUGGUUUUGUCUUCGAUGGCCAGUGGAUUGUUCCACAAAGCAAUCGCCCAAUCGGGAACAGCUUUGGUACCUUGGGGUUUCCAGUACAAUCCUCGAGAGAUGGCUGCACAUGUCGCCACUACGUUCGGUUAUCCAACCAACGACAAUGCAGAGCUUGUCCGUCUGUUGCGAUACACUCCGAAGGGUGAUUUUGUACGCCUUCAACAAGGUUGGACCGAUAUUCCCAUUCCCCGUGGUUUCAUACCAUUUGAGUUUGUACCAACAGCCGAACCAGCAAACUCUCCAGAAGCAACAUUUUUAACUCAAAGGCCCAUUGAUAUUUUGAAUGCUGGAAGCUUCAACCACGUUCCGUUCAUAAUUGGGUAUAAUGAUGCGGAGUCGUUGUUUAUGAUCCACGAACACAACAUUGAUAGCACUGUGUGGAAUGAAUUUACCAGAAAUCCACAAUUCUUUGUACCUCAUUUCUGGAAUAUUCCAGUGGGCACGGCCGCUUCAAAUGCAGUCAGUCAAGGUUUCCGUGAUUUCUACUGGCAAGAUCGCGCUCUAAGUGAUGAAAUAAUGCUGGAAUGGACUCAAUUCCACACGGAUCAACAAUUCAUCUACGCCAUUGACAAAACUGUACGAUUAACUGCCCAGCACAACACGGCAGCGACAUAUUACUAUCAAUUCAGUUUCGACGGCGCUUUGAAUUUGGUGAAGCGCCUGUUGUUACUAUCGGAAUGGCCAGGUGCAGUACAUGCUGACGAACUUCCGUACAUGUGGUCCAUGACUAAUUUUCCAGUACCACCUAUCUUACCCGGCAAUCCAGCACUAACGGUUCGAAGCAGAAUGCUACGUCUGUGGACGAAUUUCGCCCUCCACGGAAAUCCAACGCCUAACUCGGACAGCGAUUUGCAGAAUAUUAACUGGGCACCAGUACAGAAUGGAAACAUGGCAUACUUGGAUAUUAACGCAAAUUUAGUACCCGGUUUCAAUCCGAACCAAGCUCGCGUAGCAACCUGGACCAACCUGGAACAAAACUACGCAAACAACCCGUUCGAAUUUCCUAUGACGUAGGUCAAAAUGAUAAUAAAUUAACCUAGUGCUAAUCGUAGAA